GCUAUGUACAUCGACGUGUAGUUCACAGUAAAUGCGCAUAAGCAUGACAAAACUGAAGAGUGGUGGGAGAGGAUGAAAAUGCUACUGCGUCACUUCCAAAGAGCCUAGUGGUUUGCUUAAAUAAACACAUUUAUGGCGAAUGCUUGACGAACACUGUAGAUUAAAGAGUUACAGGUGUGCUAUUUAAAAUACAAAUAGCCUACAUUGUGAGAAAUAUGGCUAAAGUUGUUUUGAAUCCGAAAGACAGACUGUUGCGAGGUCUGUAAUCAUGUUGUCAAAUGUCAUAGUAAAUGAAUUGGGCAAGUACAGAUCAUCGUAUUGAUUUGUUAAGUUUACGUUACGCAAACCAAAAAAGUAUCUGAUUGUAAGCAUUGGCUAGCUUACAUAUUCUGUUCUGCAUCGGGUGUGUAUCAUAAUAUUAUUGGGCCGUGUGACGUUCCCAGCAUCGGUGAGUGUUGCCAAGUGUUGCUACUUUAACGCUGUUGCCGUAGUCUCCAGGUUGAAGCGAACAGCCUCUCUUGCAGACCUGGCAACCCUGCCCAGCAUGCGCUGUGCGCACUACGUUGUUUCCGGUUAGCUGCUCGCUAUCAUUAGACACCGGGAUGAUCAGACACCAUUCAACGGACCCGCGUGUUUCAAGUAAACCCGCUGGUCUGCGCAAUUGGACCUGUAAUAUCGAUGAUUACCGUCAGCAGUCUGAGAGUGACAAGCAGUGGUCGGCCAGACGUCAGUUCAUAUUGAAACACGUUGCGAAGUACGAGGAAAAUGCUCUUGAUAAGCUACUGGCCCUGUCGAUGGUGUGGGUUAACCAUGUUUUCCUGGGAUGCAGGUAUGGCUCCCAGCUAAUGCACAAGGUGCUUGAGAUGGCAGAAGGGAUUGAUGUUGGUGAAAUGCCCUCAUUUGAACUAGUCCCGAAUGCUGAAUCAAAAAAGAGACCAUAUUCAUCUGAUGGAAGUGAAGAGCCCACAAGGAAGAUGCCUGUGUCAAAAUUCACUUCGAGACCUCGAUUUGAGCCAGUACACUUUGUGAGUGGUGGGAGCAGCGGCAGUGGAAUUGGAGAAACUGACGAAAAAGAAAAUGAGAAGGAGCGCAGGAGGGGCGAGAUGAAUGAAGUAAGAACGAGGGAACCAGAUCAUCAGCCAUAUAAUGGUAACCAUGGCAAUGGCCCUUCUUCCUCCUCUGGCUCCCUUGAGAUGGGGAGGUGCGGUAAUGAUUCUUGGCCUGAGCACAGAAGCAAGGACGUGGCCGUGGGCUGCACAAGUGGGCUUGGCUAUGGCAGCAGAGGGUCCACCGCGAACUUCAUGUGCAAAGUGCAGCAGGAGUACACUGCUAAAUAUGAGGCUCAUAAUGCCAAACAGUCGGAAACAUUCUCGCAGGCUGGCCGAGUUAAGGAAUACGGAGGUACUGGGUGGUCUGGAGCCUGGGAUAGCGGGCAGUGUGGACUGGGAUUUGGACAUCAGGAUAGGCCGACCUCCAGCAAGGCUUUCAGCAGGGAGUACGAUGGUCCAAGCAGAGGCGGCUCUGGCCUUCUCCCUACACCCUCUCGGCCGACUUCUAUACCUGCAGCAAUAAUUGACGAAAAACAGAGGCUUAUUGCCAGAGUAUCAUCUGCUGUUGCCAUCACCCUUAGAGAUCCUGUGUUCAUGAGUGGACCUGACGGCCCAAAUUACAAUUUCAUACUUAGCCGCAGCAUUCAGGCCUGCAAGACGAACCCAGAGUACAUCUAUGUCAAUUUAAGAGAUAUUCCACCCGCAGACCUUCCUAAGAACAGAAAAGUGCCCACUGAAGGAUAUGCUUGUGAACUGAGAUUUCAGUGUGUGUACCUUGCCACAGGGUACUCUGGGAGCAAAAACGGUGCCAGAGACCGAGCGUCAGAACUGGCUGUCAAGCUGUUCAUGAGGCCGGUGGAAGUCCGUGUCUUACAACGGCAGUACAAGCGUACUUGCGUCAAUGACAUGGUGGUGUGCCAAGUUAACACUCCAAACCCAACCCUCCCCCCACCUCUUCGCAACCCAGAGGACAAGCCGUCCCCUAGUACCAAGGGCCAGUAUGAGCCUGACCAAAGCAAACACUGGACAGAAUUCGUCAUCAUGGAGAAUGCACACGAUGCCAUCUGUAUACUCAACAACUCGGCUGCGUUCAACCGCAUGAAAGUCGAUUACACUUUUGACCCGGUUCCCAACAACAAUUUAUGGCUCUGUAGUGUGUACUUGCAGGGUGAGCUGGUGGCACAAGCCAGAGGGACCAAGAAGAGCUCGAAACACGCAGCGGCAGAGGAGGCGGUGAGGAAGUUGCGUAUGAACCAGACUGCUCGCCAACAAGAGCAGCAGCAGCAGCAUUUUUCUGGGGGGAACCUCACUUCAGGCCAGCCCGGUGGUCGAUACACCUUGCAAAGCAGCAAGAAACCACUGCUGCGUGAAUUGGUCAUUCUUGAAAACUCUGAUAACGCUAUUUGCAUAAUAAAUGACACCGCUCAAUUUAAUAAAGUGCUUGCUGACUACAAAUUCACGGUUCUGCCGGACCAUAGCUGGCAGUGUGAAGUUUACCUAGAUGGUAAGUAUGUGGCUACAGGUGUUGGGCCAAAAAAGACGGUAAAACAUAUUGCAGCAGAGGAAGCCCUUGCCACACUUCGACGCACACAGGCUGUGGUGAAAUCCAACCUCAGGAAGGAGGGCCAUGUGGACGCUAUUUCCCGAAAUCAAAUCAUGGCUCGUUCUAGCGAGGAAUCCAUGCAACAGGAGAUCAAGGAAGACAACAUUGGUAACCAGCUACUCCGUAAGAUGGGCUGGACGGGUGGUGGUUUGGGUAGAGAAGGAGAGGGCAUUGCUGAGCCCAUCAGAGUCAAAGAGCAGUUUAGCAGGGAAGGACUCGGUAUGGACAUGGACAGGCAAGGUAAUCAGCUGACUAAGCGUGAUAUUGAGAAAAUCAUUCAGAAUUAUGCGAGUUCAGACCGUCAAGAUGAUCUGCGCUUCUCUACGGAGCUCAACAAUGAAGAGCGGCGGCACAUCCACCAGAUAUCCCACAAGUACGGGCUGCGCAGCAAAUCAUACGGACAGGGCCGACAACGCUUUCUUGUGGUUAGCCGCAGAGUCCAGAAGGAACAGCUGAUUGGUCAGCUUUUGCAGGAAGGGCAGGUGGGACGAUAUGAACUGGUGAAACCUCAGCCUUCACAAUGACUGGGUUCAACAGGCCUUUGAAAAUCCAACAGAUGACUAUUAAUAAAAGCCAGAGUUUUACUUGUUACGGUUCCUGUUAAUUUGUUUCCGAAGAGUGUAAUAAAAAAAUUAAAAAAACAAAAAAAAAGAUGGAAGGUGGACUGAAGCCUGGAAAACCUGUCAGUUCUGUGUCUACAAUGUGUACCCUUUUCUUCCCUUUACCAGUUUGUCCAAUUAUGUCUAGAUUUGCUGUAGGUUAGGUCAAGGCCAUAAGAUGAACUAACUAAACUUUGUCAUAUCAUAUAUCCUAUGAAUGAUAUUUAUUGACAUGGAUAUUAGAAGUGGGGCCUUUUGGCAGCACAUGACAUUCCAUUUUCUCCAUUUUACUAUGCUUUUAAAAUGUACAAUAUAUCAUUCACUCAGUCUUUCAUCUGUUGUGUAUGGAAGAG